AACAAUAAAAAAAAAAAAAAAAAAGGUCUAGACAUACAUUAACAUUCAUGGACAGAAAACGAGUUCCAGGGCCUGAAUUGAGUGUAGCUCCCUUAGUGGAAUACCCUGCUGAUUUCAAACGAUGGACACCUCAAGACGAAUGUCGUCAUGACUCGAAGCGUCAGCCUGAGGAUAUGCGCCCUAUUUAUCUAAAGACAGGAUUGAUCACUCAAGCUAAUGGAUCUGCAUAUAUUGAAUUGGAAAAGACAAAACUUGCUUGUGGGGUCUAUGGACCUAGACCUAUCAAGAGAGUCGGACAAAUUUUCAGUGGCAGAGGCAUUCUUAACUGUGAGAUCAAAUUUGCAUCUUUUUCCUGUGCGAAGCGUAGGAGCAACAUCCGGGAUCCCCAAGAACGAGAACUCUCUCAGAUCCUAAGCCAAGCUUUAGCACCUGCAGUUCGUUUAGAAAAAAUUCCCAAAUCAGCGAUUGAUGUCUACAUCACCGUGCUUGAAUCCGAUGGAUGGGGAUCUUGUGUUGCUGCCGCUGUCACGGCUGCCUCGGUCGCAUUAGCUCAUGCUGGGAUCGAAAUGCUGGACCUUGUAGCGGGUUGUUCAGCCUCUUAUAUUCAAACAGCACCCUUGUCAAUAUCAUCGCUCUCAAUAUCAGAAGGAGACACGGGAUCAAUAUCUACUUCUACUACUAAUACUAAUAAAACAAUAACAGCAACAGCAACAGCAACACAGCCGCCACAAAUCUUUAUGGAUGCUGAUUUCGAAGAAGAAAAAUACCAACAGGGUGCUAUUGUUUUGGCCUAUAUGCCAUCAUUGCAUGAAAUCACACAUGUCUUGCAGAGCGGGAAGGCCGAAAGCUCUACUAUUUCCCAGUCUGUGGAACAUUGCAUGGAAGCAUGCAACAAGAUCUAUGCUGUAAUGCAUCAUGCUCUUCUGGAGUCUAUUGGCGAGAACAAAGAAGCACUUUAAUGAAAGCAGUGUAUAGAAGCAGAAAAGAUG